AUAAAUAUUGCCCAGUAACAAUAGUUUUGCAGUAUUUAUAAUGAUGUUGUUGUUUUCAACACGAUUAAACAAACGUGAAAAAAUUAACAUGAAAGUUUUUAUUCUUUCCAAAAAUCAAGUUUACCUCACAUCCUGUCUGGGAUCUGAUGAGAAGAGCUGGAUGAUGCCAUAAAAACCGUUGAUUCCUAUUGGUGAAAGAAAGUGAUGGGAAUUUUGAAUGCUUUCUACAUUUUUGGCAACGUUUUAGAGAAGAACGUUUUAUUUAUAGAUGAUAUAUUAGCACGUUACCACAGCAACUUUGUUAAACGACAAACAAUACGGCUUUGUGGUCUAGAAAACCCUGCUAACAGUAGAUUACAUCGUGUUAUUUAUAAUUACCUCAAGUUUCUAGUGCUGAGGAGACGUCCGCCGCUCACAUAGCGCGGCCACGCCCACCCGGCGCGCCCGCUCUCAGUUCAAAGGCUUCCCUGCACUUAGCUCGCGGUGACGUCACGAGACGCGAGGCGCUCAGAUGAGAUGCAGGAGCGCAACAGGCGAGUGCACAUUAAGAUCACAACUACAAUGAGAACUUCCUGAGGCAAACUUUAUCGGAACUAUUUGGAUUUUUGUUUGACUUUGGGUUUUCUGUGUCCUCCGUGUGGUGCUAUGGCUUGUAAGAUGACUUUAUUUAAUCUAAACGCGGAUCUGAUUUGGAGAUAUGCAGCUGGGAUUUUGUGGUACCUGUUGAUUCUGUGUGAUUGCUAUAAUUUGGACGUGGAGCAUCCUUUAGUUUUUAAUGGACCUAGUGGAUCUUUCUUUGGAUACUCGGUUCUGCUUCACGAGCAUGAUGAGAACACAUGGCUGAUAGCUGGAGCGCCUGUGGCAAACUCCAGCUUUUAUCCAAAUACCCAAAGUCCUGGAGCGGUCUACAAUUGCAGUAUGAUGAGCUUACAAUGUGAACAACUCCCUGUCGGAGGUGUACAGAAUUGUGGAAGGCAUUGUUUGGCUGAGAACGAUAACCAGUGGCUGGGUGUGAGUCUGUCCCGGCAACCCUCAAAAGGCCAUGUGAUGGCUUGUGGACAUCGGUGGAAGAACGUCUUCUAUUCGAAGAAAGACAAUCAAAACAAGCUUCCACAUGGUGUUUGCUUCACAUUCAGCCCAGAUUUGAAACAGGCCACUCAUAAGACCCCCUGCUAUAAAGAUCAUCAGAGGAAGUUUGGUGAAGGUUACGGGUCAUGCCAAGCUGGCAUAGCAAACCUGUUCACAGAGGACCUGAUGAUUAUGGGAGCCCCCGGUACCUGGUAUUGGACCGGAUCCGUGCUUGUCUAUAACACCACAAGCAGCAAUUUGGCAGCUUAUGUUGAUGAUGACAGCGAGGUUCUUUAUGGCAGUUACUUAGGUUAUGCUGUUGGUGCCGGACACUUUCUGUACCCCCAGAGUACUGAGAUAGUUGGGGGAGCUCCUCAGCAUGAACAGACUGGUAAAGCUUACAUAUUCAGGAUUGAGGGCAACACGUUGAAAAUUGUCAACGAAACCAAAGGCAAACAGCUGGGCUCUUAUUAUGGCGCAAGUGUAUGUGCUGUUGAUCUGAAUGCAGAUGGCCUGUCUGAUCUGCUGGUAGGAGCUCCUAUGUUUAGUUCUGUGAGGGAGGAGGGACGCGUACAUGUUUACAUUAACCAGGGAGAGGCUAAUAUGAAAGAGGCAGAUUUUGAGUUAGUCGGCAGCGACUCUUAUGCAGCUCGAUUUGGAGAAACCAUCGUCAAUCUUGGAGAUAUCGAUGAUGAUGGAUAUCCAGAUGUGGCCAUCGGAGCCCCUCAGGAGGACGACUUGCGUGGUGCUAUAUAUAUCUACAAUGGAAGGAGCAGCGGUAUUGCACAGAGUUUUUCUCAAAGAAUAAGUGGCUCUUUGUUAGGAAACAAUCUCAAGAUGUUUGGCCAGUCUGUGUCUGGAGGAGUUGAUAUUGAUGGCAACAAUUACCCAGAUGUUGCAGUGGGAGCUUUUCUCUCAGAUUCAGCUGUGGUGUUCAGGACACGUCCAGUGGUGAAGGUGGAUGCCGUGAUGUUACUGCCUGAAAGUGUAAACCGUUCUGUAGCUCAAUGCUUUGAAAGCAGCCUGCCUGCUGUUUGUGUCAAUAUCAUGGUGUGCUUUCGAGUUGGAGGAAAACAAAUUCCUGGAAAUAUAGAGAUCAAGUACAACCUAACCGCAGAUGUUCACCACAAAGAGACCUUACCCUCUCGAUUUUAUUUCAGUGGAAACAAGACAUCAAAUGUUAUGACGGGCAGAGUCAAGGUCAAGCACGAAAAGCACACCUGUACCACCCAUCAGGCCUUCAUGAAGAAAGAUGUCCGCGAUAUCUUCACGCCCAUUCAUUUCGAGGUUAAGUAUGACCUUGGAGGGCACAGUGUGGUACAGCAGGACCCAAUGGGCUUACCGGCUCUCAAACCCAUUCUACAACAGAAGGAAAAGUCAAGUGUGGUGAAAAACCAGACCGUGUUUGCCAGAUAUUGUGCCUGGGAAAAUUGCUCAGCCAACCUGCAGGUUUCCGCUCAUUUGGUUUUACCGCAGUCUUUUGGAAAUAUGCAUUAUUUUGCUUUGGGUACUGGAAAGAGCCUCAUGUUAAAGACACUGUUGAUCAACACUGGAGAUGAUGCAUAUCUUCCCAAACUUCACCUGAGGUUUCCCAGCAACCUGCACUUCAUCAAAGUGCUCGAAGAGGAUAAAUAUGUUAGCUGUGAAUUAGCAGAGGAAAAUAAAAUGGCUGUGGGUUUGGACUGCAACGUUGGGAAUUUAUAUAUCCCUCCUUUCGCAAAGCUUGGCAUCACCUUUCUUAUGGACAUAAUGCAGAACAGCAGCGCCGGAGAUCUUAACAUUACCAUUAAUGCUAUGAGCGAGAGCUUUGAAAACCCUGAUCUUCUGCGUGACAAUGUGGCCAUUGUCUCGUUGCCUUUGAGAUACGCCGUUGAUGUCAAUGUCCAUGGGUUUGUCUCUCCAACUUCAUUUGUAAUUGGAGACCAAGAGUAUGUGCCAGUCGACUGCUAUUCCAAAAAGUUCAAUUAUACGUACAAGGUGAUGAAUAUGGGUCCGAGCAAAGCUGUUGAUGCCAAAGUUAAGAUUGCCACGCCUCUAAUGCUUGUGCCCUACAAACACCAAUUAAUCAGGAUCGCUAAUUUACAGACAACCCUUGGUUAUUGCUUCCAGACGAACGAUACAGUUGAGAUAAUUGAUGACUGUGACGUCCCCAAAGCAUCUUUUUUAAAGGAACUAGCGUUCUUUUUCUCCCCAAAAAGCAAACGCACAAUGUUUUGUGGUUUUGAAGAUAAGAUCUGUAGAGCAGUGGAGUGUCACUUUGGAGAUCUGGAGGUUGGAAUGGAAGUUAGCAUCACUAUGGAGGUCGAGUUGAACCCCAGAGUCCUCCAACAGAGUCCAGGAAGGCACUACGUAAUGAUGAUCCAAAGCUUGAUUCACUUUAUUUCACCAGCGAAAGAAGCCAACACCAUACUUUUAAAAGAUGAUAUUUCUGCUAGAGUAAUUUUAGAAGGUCUUUAUAAUCAGAAGCCUGCAGCGUCUGUGGGCAUUUUCCUGAUUGUGUCCAGUUUGAUUCUUGGACUGAUUAUUUUAGCCAUGCUUGUCAUUCCGCUCUGGAAGCUUGGAUUCUUUAAGCGGAAGCUGAAGGAGGAUAUUAAACGAGACAGUUGGGACUACGUUCCUAAGAACGAGAGCGUGUACUAAUGUGGGAUUUAAAGGACCGAUCACAACCAAAGGAACAAACUAUGUCGGACUGCUGCUGUGUUUACACCAACAGCUGGACUGGUGAUAACCCACAGCCAUUAACGUUAAUGGCCAACAACUUUCUUUACAAAGCGAACUCUUAGGAGGCUUUAAGUGUCCAAGAUUGUUCAGGAGUCCAAUGCACUUUAUGGAGUAUUGAACAUAUUACAUGUACACACACUGAAAUACUCCUGGACUGCUGAAGAAAGCAGCCUGGGGAGCAAAGGACAGAAAGCAUUAAGGCUUCAUUUCAAAACUUACCAGGACACCUACUGUACAUGAAUUCAGGCAGCAUUUUUGGGCAUGAACUCAAGGCAGACAUGAACAAAUUCAUUCAAACAGAAUAUUAGUAAAAAAAAAUAUAAUUCAAUUUUGCAUGCUACGUAUUUUUCUAUGCGUAGCAUGUUAGUGCCAUACUCUGAAUCUGCCAUGUUCUUAUUUAUUUAGCUAUUUAUAUUAUGUGAAUUGCAUAAAUGCAAACAUUCCACAUCCUCACUUGUAAGUUAGGAUGCUGCCUAUCCUAUGUAGGCUACAAGGCCCCUUGUUUGAUUUUGGAAGUGUUUCAUCACAACUUUAACUACAAUCACUGAACAUAUUGGCUAUUGGCCAGCUGUAAAGAAGAAAUUGCACUGCUGUAGCUUUUCUUAAUAAGGUCGUCUGUGUGUUCUUCUGAAGAAAGACUCAGAAUGGCCUUCACCGAGGGCGAGGCGACACAGAUCAUGGUUUUCGCACCUUCGCUUUACCACAGUAUCGGUUCCCAGCGCACAAGAGGAAAUGACCCCUCCUCCUCACUUCACCCAAACUCUUGUGGCCGAGUUCAGUAGGUAGAAGUUCGAAUGGAGACGGCAGAUGGACGGAGUGAGUCUUUACCGCGUGCUUUGGCUGACUGCCAUUGCAAAGAAGGCUGCUGUUCGGUGUCUGUAAUGUGCUGGAGAAGAGUGACAAGACUGCCAUGUGUCUGGAUCCCAGCCAUUUUUUAAGAAACUGUGUGCUCAUUUGUAUGAUAGAGACGGCGACCCAAACACCCUGUCUGACUCAUGAAGGCCAUGCCAGUCUGCACAAACACAGAGCUUUGCAUAAUUUCAUAAAGUUUCACGUAUGCACCACCCAUCGGUUAAUCAUUUAGACUGAAAUAUG